UUCGGUGGUUAUUUCUUUUCAUUAGUUAAUCAAAGCUGUUGUUAAUAGUAAGUGUGGAGUUAAGGACGAAAUACGGGUAUAAAGCAUUGAGCAUUAAAUUUGUGAUGCAGAGUAAGAGAGGAAUACUUCACAAGCUGAAGAAGGAGAAUCCAUGGAUUUGCGAGGAGUCGGUUUGCUAAUCUUUGCAUCAGCUUUGAUUUCACUGCUCUUUUUCUCUGCUCCCGUUACGCCUAGCGACAUCGUCCACGACGACGAUUCAGCUCCCAAGAAGCCUGGCUGCGAGAACGACUUCGUUUUGGUGAAAGUUCAAACAUGGGUUAAUGAUACAGAGGAUGCUGAAUUUGUUGGUGUGGGCGCCAGAUUUGGUACUGCCAUAGUUGCAAAGGAGAAAAAUGCAAACCGUACUCGCCUUACUCUUUCAGAUCCACGUGACUGCUGUAGUCCACCAAAAAAUAAGCUUGCAGGAGAUGUCGUUAUGGUACACCGAGGUCACUGCAAAUUCACAACUAAGGCAAACAAUGCAGAGGCUGCUGGUGCUUCAGCUGUUCUCAUCAUAAAUAACCAGAAAGAACUUUACAAAAUGAUUUGUGAGCCUGAUGAAACCGAUCUAGACAUAGACAUACCUGCCGUCAUGCUCCCACAAGAUGCUGGUGCAAGUUUAGAAAAAAUGCUAAUGAAUCGAUCAUCUGUCUCAGUGCAGCUUUACUCUCCACGCAGACCACUAGUUGACACAGCCGAAGUGUUCUUAUGGUUAAUAGCAGUUGGGACCAUCGUGUGUGCAUCUUAUUGGUCUGCAUGGAGCGCCCGAGAAGCAGCUGUUGAGCAGGACAAGUUAUUGAAGGAUGAUGUGGACGAAGUUCCAAAUACCGGAGCUUUAGGUGCUGGUGGUGUUGUAGAUAUCAACACAACAUCAGCAAUUCUGUUUGUCUUUGUUGCCUCGUGCUUCUUGGUUAUACUUUACAAACUAAUGUCAUCUUGGUUCGUUGAGCUUCUAGUUGUUCUAUUCUGCAUAGGUGGUGUAGAGGGUUUGCAAACUUGCUUGGUUGCUUUAUUGUCAAGGUGGUUCAAACGUUCCGGACGGUCAUACAUUAAAGUGCCUUUCUUUGGAGCUCUUUCAUAUCUUACUUUGGCUGUUUCUCCAUUCUGCAUUGCAUUUGCUGCUGUUUGGGCCAUUUAUCGCAACCUUUCCUUUGCUUGGAUAGGUCAAGAUAUUCUAGGAAUUGCACUUAUUAUCACGGUGCUGCAGAUUGUUCAUGUGCCCAAUCUUAAGGUAGGUACAGUUCUUCUCAGUUGUGCCUUCUUGUACGACAUCUUUUGGGUGUUCCUUUCUAAGAAGUUGUUCGAUGAAAGCGUGAUGAUUGUGGUAGCUCGUGGUGAUAGGAGUGGAGAGGACGGUAUUCCAAUGCUAUUGAAGAUUCCACGCAUGUUUGACCCUUGGGGUGGUUACAGCAUUAUAGGGUUCGGGGACAUCCUUUUACCAGGGCUUGUUGUAGCAUUUUCUCUCAGGUAUGAUUGGCUUGCAAAUAAGACUCUUCGAGCUGGAUACUUCCUGUGGGCUAUAUUUGCUUAUGGACUAGGUCUUCUCGUUACGUAUGUGGCUCUAAACUUAAUGGACGGGCAUGGACAACCAGCACUGCUUUACAUUGUCCCGUUCACACUUGGAACCUUCUUAACUAUGGGAAAGAAGAGGGGUGAUCUCAAGGUUUUAUGGAGCAGCGGAGAACCAGGAAGACCUUGCCGACAUAUCCAACUGCGACACCACCACGACUUAAAUGAGGAGAAAUAGAAAGAUGAUGUAGGGACGGAGUCUGGAUCGAAAUUGUUGGCUUCCGAACCUAGUGUGUAGAGUAACAGGAUAAAGAUUCUAGUUUCUUUUGACCGAAUGGAAUGUAUAAAAUUGAUGGUAGCAUAGAUAUUGAGUAUGGUUGUAUUGUGUGCGAUGACUUGUACAUGAUUGUAGGUUUAUCUUGAUCAUUGAAUAAGGGAUUGUGAUAGGGUUUCCUUGUGCAUGACCGAUUAGUUAUGGAAUUGGUUGCUUUGUUAA